GGUCCAGGUGGGAGGCAGGUUGAACUGUGCUGGACACUACCGAGGGAGCCCGUGCCAGGGACAGUUGGUAGGUGGGCAGCAUGGGCUUUGAGGAGCUGCUGCAUCAGGUAGGUGGCUUUGGGCCCUUCCAGUUGUGGAAUGUGGCCCUGCUGGCUCUGCCCCGGAUGCUGCUGCCCCUGCACUUCCUCCUGCCCAUCUUCCUGGCUGCUGUGCCUGCCCACCACUGUGCCCUGCCUGGAGCCCCUGACAACUUCAGCUACCAGGAUGAAUGGCUAGAGGCCCACCUGCCCCAGGAGUCCGAUGGCACACUCAGCUCCUGCCUCCGCUUCACCCACCCCCGCCCCCUCUCCAACACCACGUUGGUGGGAGGAGGACAUAGCGCUGGGGAGCUUGAGGGGGAGCCCGCAACAGUGGCCUGUCCCCAGGGCUGGGAGUAUGACCGCUCAGAGUUCUCCUCCACCAUUGUAACUGAGUGGGACCUGGUGUGUGAACAGAAAAGCCUGAAUCAAGCCACAUCCACCUUCUUCUUCGCUGGUGUGCUGGUGGGUGCUGUGGCCUUCGGAUACCUGUCAGACAGGUUUGGGCGCCGCCGCCUGCUACUGGUGGCCUAUGUGAGUACCCUGGUGCUGGGCCUGGCAUCUGCAGCCUCCGUCAGCUACACCAUGUUCGCCAUCACCCGCACCCUCACUGGUGCAGCUCUGGCUGGCUUUACUAUCAUUGUGAUGCCCCUGGAGCUGGAGUGGCUGGACGUGGAGCACCGCACCGUGGCAGGUGUCCUGAGCAGCAUCUUCUGGACAGGGGGCAUGAUGCUGCUGGCACUAGUUGGGUACCUGAUCCGAGAUUGGCGAUGGCUUCUGCUGGCUGUCACCCUGCCUUGUGCCCCAGGCAUCCUCAGCCUCUGGUGGGUGCCUGAGUCUGCACGCUGGCUUCUGACCCAGGGCCGUGUGGAGGAGGCCCAGGGGUACCUGCUCCGCUGUGCCAGGCUUAAUGGGCGGCCCGUGGGUGAGGACAGCCUGAGCCGGGAGGCCCUGAGCAAGGUAGCUGCCCAGGAGCGGGUGGUCCGAAGACCCUCGUACCUAGACCUGUUCCGCACACCUCGGCUCCGACACAUUUCAGUGUGCUGCAUGGUGGUGUGGUAUGGAGUGAACUUCUCCUAUUAUGGCCUGAGCCUAGACGUUUCGGGGCUCAGACUGAACGCGUACCAGACACAGCUGCUGUUCGGGGCCGCGGAGCUGCCCUCCAAACUGCUGGUCUACCUGUCAGUGCGCCGCGCCGGACGCCGCCUCACGCAGGCGGGAACGCUGCUGGGGGCGGCCGUCGCUUUGGGUGUCAGGAUAAUAGUGCCCUCUAAUAACGGGUUCUGGGGCACGGCCAUGGCGGUGAUGGGCAAGGGUUUUUCUGAAGCUGCCUUCACCACUGCCUACCUGUUCACGUCGGAGUUGUACCCUACCGUGCUCAGACAGACAGGGAUGGGGUUGACUGCACUGGUGGGCCGGCUAGGGGCCUCCUUGGCCCCACUGGCAGGCUUGCUGGAUGGAGUGUGGCUAUCAUUGCCCAGGCUUAUUUAUGGGGGGAUCACCCUGCUGGCUGCCUGCACUGCCCUCCUGCUGCCAGAGACAAGGCAGGUUCAACUGCCGGAGACCAUCCAGGAUGUGGAGAGAAAGAGGUAUGUGCAUAGGACUCUGUCUGCAUGUGUAAGCACAUGCAUGUGGGUAUGUGUGACACCUUAGGAUUCAGAGAGGAAAACAUGUUUGCACAUAUGUACUUGGUACAUGUAUGUAAGUAUACACAGUUGAGUAU